AUGUUACUAAUAAUCUAUAUUCCAUCAUUAGUUCAGAUAUUUCUUCUUGCUCCAUGUUUUAGUGAUCAAGAAGUUGCUCAGAGUCGAGCAUUGACUUAUAUUCCGCAUUAUGAUGUGAGAAAUGAAACUAUUUCAUCAGUGAUUGUAGAAGGAAAUUUAUCAGUUAUUUAUACAAUAAUUCAUAUUUGUGCCCCAAUUUAUCCAGUUUAUAUUGCAAUUUGUAUAAUUCGUCGAAAAAUAAUACAGACACUCGAAUCAGUUGAAAUUAUUUCAAAAGAUACGAAAGCAAUGCAUCAACAAUUAUUAAAAUGUCUAACUUUCCAAGCUAUAAUUCCAGUUUUUCUUUUAAUCGGAGUUUGUAUUUUUCUCACUUGUUAUUUUUUCAUCACUACUCCCAUUCUAGAAAGUGCAGUAUUUUGCAUUGCCAUUUUUACGCCAACUUUGUCUCCAGUCACUUAUUUGUAUUUUGUUCGACCUUAUCGAUUGUUUUUCAAGAAACCAAAUGAGAUUGCGAGUCGAUUUGCUGAAACUACAAAAAAUCCGAAUUCCCAAUAUUUGUCAAAAGCUGAAACAUCCUAA